CGCGUUCUGAUCCUUUGGAGAGGGGAUUGUGGUGUCUUGUUCAGCUCAGCUGUGUGUGAUCCCUCCUCUACACAGCAGCCAGGAGACUGAUCAUAAUAACAGCUCACUACAGGAUCUCACAUACAUCUGCAGGAGCAAAUCUGCCAACGUAUAUACAGGACGCCUAGGCAUUUCCCUCCAGGAACACGCUCCGGGAAAUCUCACCACCGUCAAGGAAAAAAUGUCACUCAACACCAACAAUCCAACGAUGAUGACAACAGUUCCUUUCUCCAAUAUAAGCCAGAAGAAUAACACCCUAUCAGAUGUAAGGAUCUGCUUAGCACCAGAGGGACUUGAAUGGCUCUAUGCCUAUCAGCCAGCGUACAUGUGGUUCAUCUUUGCGUUGGGCUUCGUGGAAAACGUAUUUGUCAUUUCAGUCUUCCUGCUUCAUAAAAGCCGCUGCACUGUUGCAGAGAUCUACCUGGGUAAUAUGGCCGCCGCGGAUCUUAUCUUUGUCAGUGGCCUACCGUUCUGGGCCAUUUACAUUUCUAACAAGUUCAACUGGCCAUUUGGUAGCUUCCUCUGCAUCACUAUAAAUUCCUUGAUCCAACUGAAUCUCUAUGGCAGUGUCUACUUUCUGAUGAUGGUCAGCAUUGAUCGCUAUCUGGCCCUGGUGAAGACCAUGUCCUUUGGUAGGAUGAGAAGAACCGGUUGUGCUAAGAUUAUGUGCGCCAUCAUCUGGAUUUUUGCAGUGCUAGUCAGUUUGCCCAAAGUCAUAUUCCGGAAGGUGAUAUUCCUUCCUGAGUUUAACACCACAUCUUGCGUCAUAUUACCCCCACACGAGAACUGGAGCAUCGCCUCAAAUAUUCUCAUGAACCUUUUUGGUGGCUUCAUCCCAGCAGUCGUCAUUGGGUUCUGCACCUUCCAAAUUAUAAAAGUCCUGAGGAACAACACCAUGCAGCAAUUCAAAGAAAUCAACAAUGAGAAGAAAGCCACAUGGUUGAUCUUCUCUGUACUCUUAGCCUUUGUGCUGUGCUGGCUUCCGUUCCAUGUCAUUACCUUCUUCGAUACAUUAGAACUGGCCGGAGACUUAGAGUCUUGUAGCUGGGCCCAUGCUCUUGAGAUUGGAAACCAAAUAUCAACCUACAUCGGCUUCAGCAACAGCUGUAUCAACCCACUCCUAUACGUCAUUGUUGGCAAUCAUUUCCGAAAGAAAGUCAAAGAAGUCUUCUGGCAGUUUCGAGUAAAAUUCAGACCACCGAGAAAAGAGUCCUUGCCAAUUGGCUACUCUGGAAUGACCGUACGGACCUCGAUCUCCAUGGGGCAACAGAAUCUUAUUUUAAAGCAGUGAAAUAAUAAAACAAGUUGACUUUAGAUUCUGCUGUGGAAAAUACAGGAGGUGUUGUAGAAUAAGCUUUCAUUAUUUAUUUUGAGUCAUCCUCUUGUUUUUGCAUGGCGUUAUCUUUGUAUAUAAAUGCGAGAUGUAUUCCUGA